UUAAUCAGGAACCUGUGCGUAAUUUUCGUCAGCAUGGUACUAGGGCAAUUAGCGCCGAUGCGAAGGGAAAACUAGAACAGACCCUCGGGCUCCGUCUCGCCCAAAACCCUGGAAGCCUCACUCCCGCCUCGAUCCCGUCCAUUCAUCUACGCCAUCGGCCGGGUGGACGAUCGGUGGCGCCGGAGGAAGGCCUCCGGGACGAUUGGAGGCAACGAAUCCGUCCGUUCUGGUUCUCCUCGGUGCACCCCGAUCGUCGAUUGAUUCAAGUUGGUUUCGAUAUCAACGGUAUAAUACCGAAGAAAUGCCAGAGGUUCCAACUUUGUUCUCUCUGUGCAUCAAGGAGAUCGCAAUGACAGUCUUGGACGGAUAUGAAAAUACGCAAGACAUACUUGAACUUCCAUCAGAUUUGCUUGAUUGCAUAGUGAUGAGCCUACCUCCGCUGGCGUUGCAGAAUAUACAUGAACUGUCAGUCAGCUCUCGCUAUCCUUAUGAAAAUGAAAGAACCGUUUUAUUUUGAUGUUUAUGUUAGAAUUUCACCAAUUCUCUUCCAUGAUGCUUCCCUUUCAUUAGUAACAUAUAUAUCUAGCUUAUUUUAUUUUAUUUGUCUAUUUUUCCCCAAAUAAUAUGCUCAUUUGCUUUCCUAUGCUUAAGGGUUUUUAAGAAAAAAAAUACACCAACACCCCCUCAAGUUUGAUCGAGUUACACUUGUACCCUCUCCACUUUAAAAAGUCUCAAACAGUUUCACUAAGUUACCUUUGCAUCCCAGACUGACCCUUCCAUCCGACUCCAUUAAACAGGCUUCACUAAAAGACACAUGAUCAUCAUACGAGUCUUUAAACUGUCUUAUUUCCUAAUACUCCCUUGUCGUUCUAGGGGUUUAAGUAUCAUGUGGGGAAAUUUGAGACCAUGUCCACCUCCAUCCUUCCAUCUCUCUUCCAAUGACCUCUUCGACCUCUCCCAUGGAGACCUGCAUGGUACAAGCUUCACUGCAAGGCAAAGACGAUGUAAUUGGCAACAAUAUGGGGCUAAGCUCGUGGGAGAGGCAAGGGCGAGGAUGCCAUUGAUGGAACAAUGGAGAUUGAGGCUGAACACGUUGAUGAACUAUAAGGUGAAGGCUAUGCUAAAAAGGUGAUGAUAAGGAGGCGGACAUUGCCAUGAUGACAUCCAUCUUUACUAGCUCCUCCUCCUUGUCUCCAACUUCAUCCUCUACACCUCCCUCGUGAAGGUUUUCCCCAAACAUGCAAUCCUCUUGCUAGAGAUGGCAAUCGGGUUGGGUUGAAGGCCGGUCGGGUUAGAAAUUCGUCAUCCCGAGCCCAAUCUAUUUAUUCAUAUCUGAAUUCAGCCUAUUUAUUAAACAAGUUAAAAAUUCAGAUGUGAAUCCAGCCGAUUUAUUAAACAGGUUACCCAACUUGGCCUGUUUAACCCAUUUACUAGAUAGGUUGAGUCAAGUUAAAUGGGUUAAGUAAGUUUUUAACGAAUUAAACAUGUAUAAAUAGGUUAAACAUAUUAAACAGGUUGGGUUAAACGGGACAAAAAGAGGUUAAGCAGCUUUUAAACAGGUUAAACAAGUAUUAAAUGAGUUAAAUUGAUCAGCUUAUGAUCCGUUUACUAGAUAGGUCGAGUCAAGUUAAAUGGGUUAAGUGGGUUUUUAAUGGUUAAACAGAUAUAAACAGGUUAAAUAUAUUAAGUAGGCCGGGUUAAAUAGGACAAAUGGGCUAAGCAGGUUUUACACAGGAUAAAUAGGUAUUAAAUGGGCUACAUGGGUCGGGUUAUGAUCCGACCCAAUUAUUAAAUAAGUCAAAAUCGGUUGAAUGGAUCAAAGAUCUCAACAUAAAUCAACCUAUUUAGUAAACAAGUCUUGACGAGUUGACCCAUUUGUGACCCAAACCUAUUUAUGUCAAAUACGAACUUGCUUAAAGCAGGUUAUUUGCGGGUUCGGUCAUAAAUUGCCUCUCCUACCUCCCGCCCUUCUCCUCUCCACCACCUUCUGCCCCGACCACCGAAUCCUCAUCCUUGUCCUCUAGGCCUCCCUCUCCUCCUCCAACCCCCAAAUUGUAAUGGCUUUCCAUUCUAUGCCUUGCAAUCCUGCCCCUCUCUUACCACUUAUCUUCAAAUUCUAUCUCAACCAUGGUCUCAUAACUGAAGCCCAACUUUUGUUUGAUGAAAUGCUCAAAAGAAACUCUGACUCCAACCUAUUUUAUGGGAAUCUAUUGAUCAAGGCUGAAAAUGGAGAACCUGGAAAGGCCUAUCUAGUUUUUAAGAGAAUUCAUGUUAGGGAUUUGAUUUCUUUGCACUCUAUGAUAGCGGGUUUUGUGAAGAACUUGCAGCAUAAGGAGGUUAUGAACUUCUUUGUAGGAUGGUGGAUUUAGGGAUUGAACAUGAUGAGUUCUCAUUCUUGGCCGUGCUUUCAACCUGUGCCGAGGUUGGCGCACAUAGUUAUCGGGUGCGGAUUCGCCAUCUAAUGUUUGAGAAGAAAGUUGAAUUGAAUUAUAUUCUUAGUAUAGAUUUGAUUGAUAUGUAUGCAAAACAUGGGAGAUUGAAGUGGCCAAGAAAUUUUUUUAUGGUAUUCGAAGGAAUAAUGUUUCAGUCUAGAAUUCUUUGAUUAUUGGCUUGGCAAUUCAUGGGCUUGGUUUUGACGCAAUUGAAGCAUUCACCAGGGUAGAAUGUGAAGUUUUGGUGUUGAAUGCAGUCAUAUUUGUCAAGCCAUCGACUGUUUGUGGCUAUUGUGCUGUUUUAGAGAAGUCUCAUAAGUAUUUGAUAGGAUGAAAGAGAAGUAUUUGGUUGAGCUGAGGAUUGAGCAUUAUGGUGCAAUGGUGGGUGCUUUUGGUUGGGCUAGGCAUUUGGAUGAAGCAUGUGGGUUGAUAAAAGAAUUGUUAAUGCCUGUAUAUGGCACCAGAAGACUGACUUGGGUGAGGUUGAGAUUUAGAAGACGACGAUGUGUGCUGCUGAAGACUAUUUUCUUGCGAUCAAUCAUGUUCUCAUUAGCGAAGGAAUGGGAUCUUGCAGAGUGUGGGAGGUGAUGAAGAAGAAUAAUAUCCAUAAGAGAUGGGGGCCGACUUGGGUGGAGGGGGGGGGGGGAAUGGUGCACCAAUUCAAUGUUGGACCUUGUUAGCUCACCGGACAUGCCUCCAUCAUGCUCAUCAUGCAAAACACUAGUAGCCCUAUGCCAACGGAGCAAUUGCCUCCAACAUGCCUAGUCCAGGAGCAUCAUUGUAGCCUCCAAGAUCAAUGAGCAGCAUGCCCGCUAGCAUCUCCAUCUAGCCCCUCAUUGCCUUCUUGCCUAGCACCAUGCACAAAGACGUGCUCCAUCGCUGAUGAGCGCCACUUAUCCUCGCUGACCGUCUUGCUCUGUCAUCUUCUUCGUUGACCGAUCACUUGGCGGUGGUUCUCGGUUCCACAUGUCCCACAAUAUUGUCAUUCUCUUAUUUGGUACGCCUAACAACCAUUAGCCCCCCACUGCAUGGUGGAGCCUUCAAGUAUCAAUCUCACCAUUGUGCACUUCACUGAGGGCCCCAAUUCAGUCUUGGAGGAAGGGAUGGAAAGUGGCGGAGAAAGAAUGACAAGCACAAACCAUUAAACCUCUUUCUGAUAUUAGUUAGGGGUCUUUUGGUUAGUUGCAAAGAUCUGCAAUGAUGUUGUAGGGUCAUUGCAAGGAAGGGUCAGAUUGGAAUGGAAAGUUAACUUGAUGGACCUGUUAGAGACUUUUUAAAGAGGAGGGGGCCCAAAUGUAACUCGGGCAAACUUGAGGGGGUCUUACUGUAUUUGUUUUGCUAUACUUUUUCAUAAAUGUUUUUUAGUAAAAAAAAUGGAAACAAGGCAAUGAUUCAUACUGGUCAAAAAUAAGUGAUAAGAAUCUCGAUAGACUACUUUGUAAAGCGCCGGAUAUUACCAUAGUUUGAGUUUACAUUUCUGUAGUAUAAUAAUUUCAUUUUGACUGAAUAUCAUUUGAAAUUUUACAAUUAUAUCCUGCUCAGGUGCUACAGAAUUGCCACAACUCAAAAUACACCUUAAAUUAUUGGCACUCUUUUUAUUGUUUAACGUUUGUCUUAGAAAAUGACACUUUUUUUUUAAUGUUUGUGUGGGUGGGUGGGGAGAAUCAGAUUGAUCAUAGAAAAAUCAGGUUGUACUUUUCCUAAAUUCAUGGAUGUCUAAAAUGUAUAGGGAUUAAACUCUUUUAUUCGAGUAAAGAGAGUUGAAAGCAAGGAAUGCGGAACCUUUCCAAACCGCCUAGUUCGGGCAUACCGAGUAUUCAAAAUGAUCUGUUGAUGGUUGUGGUAAGAGCGGAACUGCAAGUAAUGGCAUCAACGAUGGAAGAAAACGUGGCAGGUAUGGAGAUUUUAAUACAGCAUGGAAGCUGCUGUUUAAGAAGCGCUGGCCUGAGAAUAUCAAGAAGAUUCAACCAAUCAACUGUGUGGCAACACAAUAUGUUUCUGGAAUGUGUAGCUUGGUGAACCAAAGUGUUGACUGGCAGCAGCUGUACUGGGAAAAGCAUCUACAGAGUUGCCUAGAUGAUGCUGCGGAGAUAGCCUUGCUUCCUGCUUUUGAUGGGUGCAUUGGUGAACUAAGAAUAUCAGAUAGCAUUGUGAAUGCAAUUGGUCAUAGUGGGAAUAUAGCUGGUGACUGUUUGAAAUUAUCAUACCAUUGCAACAAAUUUGGGCUCUAUGCAAGAUGCCUGAAACUUCAAAAUGUGCUUUGUGUUGCAGAAAUAUGUGAGUUGUUGAGAGGUAGCAAGUUGCAAGUUCUGGUCUUCAGAAGAAUAAUCUCCAGUACUCAGGUUAAUGGAUUGUGCAUGCUUCUGAACCAGCAUUGGGAGACACUGGUAUCUCUUGAGUUUAUUUAUUGUCAACUUCCUCUUAAUACUAUGAACCAGAUUUGCAAUUCUAUAUGCAAAGAGGGAUCUCGAAUACAUGGGAUCCAACACCUCUGUGUCAGAUCAUCAACCAUCUUUGAUUGCAAGUCGUCUUCCAUGCCACCUGGUCUUUUAUCUUUUUUAUCAUCAGGAAGAUCCUUGGUUUCACUGCAUUUUUGUGAGACUAAGAUGCAACCAAAAUUUGCAACAAUAAUUUUUGAUACUCUCCUCCAGUCUUCAUCUGGUAUAGUGACUCUUGAGAUAUCAGAUAGCAAUAUUGCAGGUUGGCUUUCUAAGGUUGAUAGGAAAUCCACAGAUUUCUCAUCAUUAUUAGGAUCAGAUUUGUCCUUGACAUCAUUGAGCGUUCUCAGUCUUAGGGGAAACAAUUUGCAUAAGGAGGAUGCUGAAGAUCUUAAUCAUAUCUUGGUUCACAUGCCUAAUUUAAGAAGUUUAGAUUUGAGUGACAAUCCAAUAACAGAUGAUGGAAUCAGGAAUCUAAUUCCAUAUUUUAUCAGGGCUCUUGAAAAAGCUCAUCCCCUUUCAGAUAUAAAGAUAGAGAAUUGUAAUCUUUCAGGCAUGGGAGUGGCUGAACUUUUAAGAAACCUCCCGACCUUGAAGGAACCCCUAAAAACACUUUCUCUUGCAGAUAAUGACCUUGGCAGUUUUGUAGCAGCACCAUUGGCAAAAUUCUUGGGCAACUCUGGUGUACGAGUACUUAACAUUGAAGAGGUUGGGUUGGGACCAUUGGGCUUCCAAGAACUUGAGAAAGAAAUGCCUAACAAGAUGGCUCUUUUUGACAUCAACAUAAGCAAAAAUCGGGGUGGGAUCAGAGCUGCAUAUUUUAUUGCCAAAGUAAUUUUACAAGUUCCAGAUCUUGUAUCAAUAAAUGCAGGAGGUAAUAUUAUGCCUGCUGAGUCUGUGGAAAUCAUUUAUGAUGCAUUGAAACAGUCAAAAGGUAAGCUGGAGCGAUUGGACUUAACUGGAAACACUCAGUUAUGCCAGUCUAGCUACAUUGCCAUGCUUCUGGAAUUUCAUUGCCACGGAAAACCUAUUGUUGCCAUUUCAUCGCUGCCUACAGCAGAGACACCCUAUGAUGAUGAUCCAUAGCAGGUCUUUGCAAUCAAAUUGUUGCAAAUUGAGAAAUAUUUAGGGCAGAAUUACACUUAUCAUAGCAGGGAAGUGAAAGGUGUGCUCAUCUGGAUGGUGAGGCUUGUGUGAUCAUACAGCAGCAGUGAACUUACCCCAGGGCAGGAAUAAACUUUUCAGCCAACAGGGCCCAUAAAAGUUAUUGUUAAUUCUAUUCAGCUGAAUGUUCAGGAGCUGAUUCAACUUCAUUUACUCUGCGGAAAGCUCACAUGCACUUUGGUAUAUGCAAUCAGAAAAGAAGAUUAGCUUUAUUAAUGGUCGGGCAAUUAGUUUGUACCACACAUUAGCAAUGAAUAAGGAAUGCGACCAUUUGUAAACCAAGAAUGGAAAGGCUUACAUGUAGAAGUAUUUCCUGGUAUGGGAAGAUUAGAAUCUAAUCUUUGAUAGGCCUGUAAUAUAUUGCUUGGCUUCAAUCUGGAGAAUUUUUUUUAAGAAAAAAGACAUUAGUAUGCCUGAAAUGCUGCAAGAAGCAGAAGCAGCAGAUACUAAGUAGUUCAUCCGUGGAAUAAUUUUGUUAUCUGUGUAAAAUAAGGAAUAGUUGUUAGGAUGGGCAAUUUGCCAAAGUUAAGCAAAACAAGUAUCCGGCUAAUGAAGAUGUGAUAAAUAUCAUAGUUAAAUUUAAUGGCAAGUGCAAAUCGCAUGUGGCAGUUGUUGAGCUGUACUGCA